CAGAGGUCCUGUAGACACCAGGUAUUAGCAUGUGAGCCAUUGCCUGGUGGUGAAUGAACCAUGGAGGGAGGCAUCUCAGUCACCGUCUUCAUCACUGUUCAGAAGAUCUAUUACCCGUUGCUUUGCAUCAUGGGCAUUCCAGCCAACCUCUUCACAUUCUACAUGAUCUGCUUCCGUAAAUGUGGGAUGUCUGACACGGCCAUUAUUUACCUGAGCUGUCUGGCUAUUGUGGAUACUUUCUACCUGGUGUGGGUGAUCCUUAUUGAUCUGACCCUCACCUUCUGGGUACAGCGGCCCUUCUGGCACUCCAAUCCCUGGUGUGGCAUCUUGGGGUUCCUGCAGUAUGGAUCAUUGUAUAGUUCCUCUUGGAUCGUGGUGGUGUUCACCAUCGAGCGUUACCUUGUCCUCCGUAGCACGACGGCAAAGAAGCACUUCUCGCAGGCCUGGGUCACUAAACUGACAUGUGUCGCUAUCGUUCUGGCAUCACAUCUUGUCUCUGUGCCGCUGGGUUGGAUCAACAUCGUCACACCUGUCAAUGAUAUUAUAGACGGGGUUAAUGUGACGCUGCCCAAGUGUCAUUACCGUGAUGAGACCUACUCUACUGUUAUAGUGUGGAUAACCACCUUCCUCUCAGGGGGAAUACCCAUUGUGUUGGUUAUCAUCUUCAACUACCUCAUGGGGUACCAUCUGUGUCGGGCCAGAAAUCUCUUCACCAAGGAGGAGCGUCGUGUCAUGCACGGGCGGAGCAGCAGGGGAAUGUUGAAGAGGACCAUCCUGCUGCUGAGCACCGUCUCCGUGGCCUUUGUCGUGCUCAGCCUGCCCCGCUUUGUCACUUACUGCAUCCUGAGGACCAAGUACAACAACAAUAACUUCAACAGGGACGACUACAACAUCCCCAUCAACGUAGCUGGAGAUUUGGCCAAUAUGCUGCAGAACCUCAACUCCACCACCAACUUCCUGCUGUACUGCAUGGUCAGCCGCCGCUUCCGGCGGGAGCUGGUCCAGGUGGUGUCUUGUAAAUCAAAAGCACGUGAGCUUGCCUCUGUCCUCAACCACACCACCAUGAAAGUUUUCUCAGUUGUGGAUCAUAAGACCUUGCCGUCUAGCAACCCAGGCACUGUGGUGCUCACCAAACUCAAACAGACUUAG